ACACUUGUUUAAGUCUCUUCGAUACUGUACGAAAAUUCCAUGGAUUGUGACAAGUACAGGUUUGAAAGGUCCGAAUCAGAAUGUUCCAAACAGGUGGCGUCUAAUGAUAUCUUGUAGGCGCAAUGAUUUUCUCCCAAGAAACUUGCGUCCAAUCGGAUGACUUUGUAAUGAGUGGUCUUUGUACUAGUUGCACAGUUUUUUCACAGAUCAGUCCAUCAAAAGAUACGGAAUUAUGCGGUGCUAGCGCUAUAUCAGUUCGCAGUGCCCUAUUUCGUAAGGCUGCCUCGAGGACGUUCGAGUUCCCACAGAGCCUACAGCUCUUAGUAAGUCAACGCAACAAACGGAGCGCGCGCUGGUAUUUGAAGGUCUGCACAGACAUGCUGUAGAAUCACCAUUAUCUACGACGUCCACAACAAUGCACCUGCAGAUCCCAUUCAAUGGCUCAUCAUUCUCACUUGAUGCGGCCGGUAUUGCUGGCUUUCUCGGCGGCGAUGAAACAAUCUCAGCCAUGGGCACCGUGCAUCUUUACCGCGGCCGAAGAUGGCUAGGGUGGUACAACUCUCCGGGGAGCUAUACAGUCGCCAAAAAAUAUGGCCAGUUAGCUAACUCCCGAUUCUGGGAUGGACUGUUCCCAGGUCCAAAUUGCGAACCAGCUGAAAUGUUUGGCCUUGAUGGCAAGGCUGGGCCACGAUACGUCGCUUCACUUUCUGGCACAGAUAUGGCGACGGGGCACCUCGCAUACCUCGCAAUACAGAUAAGCAAGGAGUUAGAGGGCAGGAGGGUUGAAGCCAAAGCCAGCACGGAGACGUUACCUGCAAAAGUGACUGUUAUUCACGUCGGAGACGUCAAAGAUAUGCAUCGAGUUGGGAUGAUGAGCAUCCAUCACGCACUACUGGCCACAAUACCCAUAACCAUGAGCAUCGCGGCAUGUUUCUUAUGCGCUAUCUUCGACGACUGGCUUGCCUUCAGCCUUAUCCUCAUCGGAAUCAUUUCAAGUGGCAUAACCUGUUUCGUGAUCGGUACUGCGAGGCUUCAUUUCCAGGCACCUAAAAACGUGACCCCGGGGGUUCCCCCAGGGGAUGGAUUGCUUUUGACCCCACGCGAUGUUGUCGUGCUGAAAGGGUCGGAAAAAGAUGUGAAUGUGAUAACGAAGGGCCAUUUCUCGCUUGACAUGCGUAGUAAAUCGGAGUACCGGAGCAUUGGACUGUGCUCGCUCCUUUUGCUGGCACAAUUCCUGUUACAGCUCCUCUUGAUCCCUCAAGCGUCACUCUUCGGUCAAAUCAUGUUUCUUUCCUCGUUUGCGGUGUCUUGGGUUUACAACUCGUUUCUCUCCUCCCUUGAAAGUGAAAAGAUACAAGGAGAUCUACUUUGCGAGGCGCUACAGGUUGAAGAAGACUCGAUCCAGAAAUAUUCCCUCCAUAAUAGGAGGAGCCAGGCUGUUUUCGCCUGCGCUAUUCUCAGUGAUGGAAAUGAGACAGAUGAAGACUUUAACGCGGAGCAUAUAUUAUCGUUGUUCGUACCGAACAAGACGAGGGUUUGGAAUCUCUGGAGAAAAAAGGUUGCAGCGCAGUUGAAAUCUGCCUGUCCGGACAAAAAAUUUCAUUUAACGGCACAAGAGAAGAAGGGUUUAUGCGAAGAACAAUGCGAAUUGCUACAGACCUUCCUAGAUGAUGCCGCGAUUGCGUUCGAGGCUUACCAGCGGGAGCGUGCUCGUUAUCCGCGCUCCAUACGCGACUCCCCGACUUGGGAGGCAAAGGAUGUAUGAACAACUGACAUUCAUGAUUAGACUUAUCGCUUAGAAGGCCUCCUUAACUAUGACCGCAUUUGACACUCGUCAUUCUGUAAACGUCGAAGAACUCGGAAGAUUAAGUAUAAAAACAAGAUACGCGAGGCUAGAUAUAAGCAAGGAACGAGCAACAGUACUUACUGGUGUAACUACAUACCAACUAUCUCUCAAUACACAAUUUCAAACAAUUCAGGAAAGUUCAGC